AUGGCCAUAUUGGAUUACGUUCGACGGCAGUUUUUGGACGGUUGCAGUGAUCAAGUUCAGACGAAUGGAUCGUUGCCGCAUCAGUGUUCAACAUUUGCAAGAGCAAAUUAUGACAAUCAAGGGACUGCCACCAAUGUCGAGAAGCGGAGAGCCCUCGGAUUGAUCGGUCUUUUGCCGACGGCGGUGGAAAAUCUUGACAUUCAGAAACAACGUGCUUUGCAUCAACUGCGUUCCAAAUCAUCCAUGCUGGAAAAAUAUAUAUUCAUGGCCCAGCUACGAAAUAAUCACGUUCAACUCUUUUACAAAAUUGUGAUUGAUGAGCUAGAGGAACUCGCCCCGAUCAUUUAUACUCCGACUGUCGGCACGGCGUGUUUGGAGUAUUCGCACAUCUAUCCUUUUCUUGCUCCACCAGGUGUUCCUGACGGUCUUUAUUUGACGGAUACCGAUGAAACGACGCUGUGCCAAGCAAUUCGCAAUUAUCAGCCAUUUGCCGAUUAUUCACCAGAGAUUGCCGUUAUUUCCGACGGUUCCCGUAUUUUGGGACUCGGUGAUUUGGGGGUGAACGGAAUGGGAAUUCCAAUUGGUAAGCUCCAACUCUACGUGGCUGGGGCAGGCAUCGAUCCCCGACGGACACUUCCCAUUUUAUUGGAUUUGGGAACCAGUAACGAGAAGUUACGACAUCAUGAAUUUUAUCUGGGUCUACGACAACCGCGUCCCUGUGAUGACAAGUUCUACCCGAUCGUCGAUAAAACACUCAAGGCACUUCAUCAAGUCUACCCGGAUCUUUUAAUCCAAUUUGAGGACUGGUCAUCCGAGCAUGCAUUUGGUCUGCUGGAGAAGUACCAAUACCAAAUGCUCUGUUUUAACGACGAUAUUCAAGGCACCGGAGCGGUAAUCUUGUCAGGGGUAAUGAACGCGAUCAAAAAGGUGCAAGCUGAAUCAUCGGUUGCACCGCACGACCAUCGCAUUGUUUUUUAUGGUGCAGGAUCAGCUGGCAUUGGUGUAGCACGUCAGAUCCAAGAGUAUUUCCAGGUCGAGCAUGAGAUUCCCGAGAUGGAAGCCAAACGCAUGUUUUGGAUUGUUGAUACCAAGGGACUGAUCACCACCGAUCGAGGAGAUAAAUUGGCUCAACAUAAAGUGUAUUUUGCAAGAGAUGACAACGACGGCCAGCAAUACAAAUCACUAGUGGAUAUCAUCAAUUACGUUAAACCCACCGCUCUUAUUGGAUUAUCUUCCGUCCCGGGCGCAUUCACGCCAGAAGUGCUGACCCGUAUGGCUGAGUUAAACCGGCAACCGAUUGUCUUCCCGCUGUCGAAUCCAGCCACACAAGCCGAAUGCACUUUUGAUCAAGCCAUGGAGAGUACAGAAUACCGUGUCAUUUUUGCAUCUGGCACGGCCUUUCCAGCUUACACCAUUCCUUCUACGGGAGAAGUCCGAAUUCCAGGCCAAGGCAAUAACAUGUACAUCUUUCCCGGGGUGGGGUUGGGAGCCACACUCGCUCGUCCAAGUUACAUUUCCGAUCGGAUGAUGUUUGUAGCUGCGAAAGCCUUGGCCGACUCACUGACCCCCGAAGAAUUGGCUCAAGGGUGGCUUUAUCCAUCUUUGCAACGCAUCCGAACCGUCUCGGCUGAGGUCGCAGCUGCAGUAUGUGAAGAAGCAUGUCGUGAAAAAGUGGCGAAAAACAAACAACUUGCGGCCUGCAGUUCGCGCGAUGAGAUACUCCAAUAUAUCAUUGCCAGGAUGUGGUCUCCUACAAUAGAACAAAAGAACACUGAAGAUGACCCUUCCAGCAAGGAAUUGAGCCAUUUGUAA